GUCCGGGUCCAUCAGGACCGCUUCGCGGUCCUUCAGACCUACCAGAAGUAUUUCGCUUUAGUUCAUCCGUUGAGUUCAGUCUCCGUGAGAGCUAAUUACGGGCCCUUAACUGUCAGACAGACGGUAUUCCCCUCCUAUUGGACCGACACAUCCCUAAGUCUUAAGCGCAAUGACUCACACCUCGUGAAUCUCAUUGACGCCAAUUCUCAGCUCAAAGCGCCGGCACUUAAUGGAGAGCUAUCCGCACACUUAGUCACCAGAGAAGUUCAUCGCAGCAAUCCUGUGCUACGGGUGCUCUUCUAUGCCGCUCACCAUUCAGACUAUACGCAUAGGACUCGCACCGAUUUCAUUGACAAAACCCUUUGCGCCGCUAUUGUGGUUCAGUACCAUAAAGAGAGAAUAUUCGGCACCUGUAGCCCUAGUAAGACAAGGGAAGGCGCGUGUCUGGCAGAGGUGACCAUCCCUUCUGCCUAUUGGCCACCGAUAGACACAAAUGGUUUGUCACAGAAGGAGCCGAAAACUUCUAACGUUAAGGUCUAUUAUGCGGUCACUCAUAGCGAGCACUGCUCCGAGUCUUCGUUUAUCACUACAUCUGAUUCAAACCCAUUGGCUCUCAAUUUCUUAUCCGAUGUAUCAUUAGUUCCAUUCCGUGGCAGCUAUGAAGAGGUUACUAAUGAUAAUGUGGUCACAAUUAUGAUACCUCAAGAGCCGGUUUAUCCAAAUUCUAAGAUUUAUAUUCCGGUCAAAUUCACAUACAAUCCCGAGUAUCCGAUCGCAGCGUUCAGUUUGAGAGUUCGGGUCAAAAGCGGUGUCCGUAUACUUGGGGCACAACUGUCUCAUCCGAAUAGGUUAUGGCAAUUGAGUACUGAAGUCAGUCCUAAACAAACCACAGCUACUGUGACAGCAUUUUUGCGUGAUUUCGAUGUCCAACAGGACAGUGAUUCAGUUCCCGAAGAACUAUUGGAUACCCCAUCACAAGAGGUCUAUUCAUGGCUUAUAGAGAUUGACGAAGAUGUGGAUAUCAGUGACGGCGGAAGAAUUGUUUGGCAGCUCUUGUAUGUGACGGAGAGCUCUAUUGCUGUCAAACAAGACUUCGAUAAGGAGUCGGCAAAACUCUCUUCACGUCUUGACAUUCAAAAAGACAAUGUAUUAGAUGUGUUGGCCGUCACUAAAUCGCGACAACUCUUAAACACAGCUCUUCUGACAGGAAGACAGGUCUCGCAGGCGAUGCGCAUAUAUAUGGUGUCAUCAGCGGGACGUAUCAGUGAUAUAACCCUUCAGUCUUCAUGUCAUGCGGCAGACGAAUCCAUUUUGAAAGUGUCGCCUUCGUGUACAUCAGUCUAUUUGGACGGAAGUGAAGUGAGAGGCGACCAAAACGCCACAAUUCUCAUCAAAUACGGCGGCGCCUCCUAUCAGAAGAAUUUCGUCGUCUGGAGACCGGAACUGCCGAUUGAUAUCAGAGUAGAUGACAACAAAUUGAGUCAAAUUAAGAGUUGGAAAACUCAGUUAAAACGCAAACACAGUUCGUAUGUCAUCGACGAUGAGUUACUUCAGCCAAGUGGUGAUGAAGCACUUGAUGCCAAGUCUGGCACCAAAAAUGAUUUUUCGGAUAAUAAUCACAAUUACAUACCCUGUCGGCUCCGGUAUCAACAGACAAAAGUGGAACUCUAUACUAAAUUCUUCAGCACUGACCACAACUCGGGCAGAGAGGCAUCGCUCUUGAAUCGUAGGAUUUCCAUACGAAUCACUCAUCUGUUAACGCCUUACAUCCGAGUGACGGACCCCAAAGUGCUGGCCCUUAGAGCCAACAUAAUUGAAGGGCUGAGUGUGGGUCGGUCUGAGGUGCAGGUGAUCUCACCCAUCACUGGCCAACUCAUGGGCUCUAAAGAAAUCCGAGUCGCAUCUGAUAAGGAGACAAUCACUCAUUUGGAUGUCAAAGUAGUAACUGGGUUGGAACUACAGGUCAAACCAUACCCACCCCUGACCAAUAUAUGGACGGCUAAGACCACUCUCUUGGAUAAGUUGACGACUCAAUACCAGGAGGGAUUGCUGGAUGUCAAACUCCAUUUCUCUGACCAAACUUAUAUCGAUCUCUCGGACGUCGCGCCCACUGAUUAUAACCUCUCUAUUGACACAUUUGACGGGGCGGUAGCUUUGGCACCCAAUACAGGUCUCUACCCGCGUGUCAUAGCCAUUGGCCCGGGAAGGGGUCAACUCCUGCACCUGUCCUUCGAAGUGUCCAAUUCUUGCCAACGAAAACGGACCCAACCGUUGGCUCUGAAGUACGUCAAUGUAAACGUGGACUUCACGACAUCCAGUCUUCAAAACGAUGCCUUCAAUUAUCGCAAAAAUAAUGUUAAUGUCAUGAAUGGUAGUCAGACCCCAACCUCUGACUUACAGUACUUCAGUAGCAAAGAAAAAGGGAAUUCCAAUGAAUAUGUAGUGAUAGGAAAGCAAAGCACUCGUAAAUCGAGUCUAAAUAUGGCAAACAUAGAAGUCGGCAUUUAUAGCUUUUUCGCCAUUUUCGGCAUCGCUAUCAUAAUCGUUGCCGUAUUGUAUAAAAUGUUCGGUCGAGUGAAGAACCCUCCGGAACCUGUCACCACAACCCGUAUCGCACCCAUCACUUCAAGCAAUAGACCGAUUGUGGCCAACGCUAACGAAUGGGUUUGGUUAGGACGGGCGACAUUGGAGCGCAAUUCGGUCGGCACUCAAAGGCAUACAAUGAUUCAGAAAGACUUCAACGGAAAUGUCGAGGAAAAUGACGGCAAUCACCGAAUUUCAGAGACUGUUUCCAAUCGUUUGAGUGCUAUUUCAUAUCCUGGUUCUGAGAUCAGUAUAAGGAUUACCACAAAUCCAAACCUCGUCGAGGAUACCGACGGUGUUGACGAAGUGGACCAAAAAACUCCUCAACCGUUGAUAUCAAAUAGGACUUCGUCUAAACCAAUCACAACAAGACAUUUGCCAUCAGGAGCGCCACCGAUUCCGGAACGCAAAUCCAAAACCAUUGAAAACAAAUUUACAACUUAUUCAAAGCCACCGCCCAUUCCUCCACACCGUAACCAAAGGAAUCUAAAUGAGAUGAGAGGGGUAUCCGUUAGAGCCAGACCUCCACCAGUGCCACCCCAUCGAGACAUAGGAUCAGCAAAGCGGUGGAGUAAUCCGCCAGUAAUUGCAGAGAAUCUAAGGGUAGAACUGCCUCCUCAUAGACCCAAGAGAUACAACAAUGUGAAUGAAAACAAAAAUAAUUUAGAUUACAAUCAAUUGAUGGAGUAUUUCGAUAGUCUUAAAGAGUCCAACGCUUGA